GAACCAAGCAGAUUGCGUUAGUUUACCAGCUUCUUGUCGAGUUUAAGGGAAGUAAGUUCAAGGAUAAGAGUGGAGAAGCGUAUCUCAAAACCUUGCUUUUCAUAACGGAUCCGACAGCUGUCGAAUUGCUCAGGAUGAGCGAUCAUAUUCGCCAUCGCAACGUCGAUGUCGAUCCCGAUCCCAAGGAGCAACCGUCGGGUAUGGAUAAUAGCACUAGUCAACUUAGAAUUCCCAAGGCCCCAUAUCCACCUAUGAACAUGCAGUCGUCGGUACCUUCCAAGUCGUCUCUUUCUCCCUCUCCCCACUACUCCACGACGUAUGCGCGAGCGAGUUCCUCGACCUCGCUUCUCGGAGAACGCGUGACCACAACGACGACGGCACCCGAGUCGGGGCUAUUGGGAGAUUCAGCUUCGAACACAUUUUUGGGUGGCACGACGAACGCUGCGAGCGUCGACGAUGGCAAUGGUGGCUUCUCGUCGGGGUCAAAACACUACAACAAGAACAACAACGCCGGGGUGAACAACAGCAGCAACAAUGGCAAUAAUUCCUCGGCCGCGGCAGCCAAUCCAUCUCAAUUGAUGUUUUAUCCUGGUCAACACGAUAUCGUCGCGUCCAUCAAUUGCAUCUCUUCGUUAUCGAAGAAUAAUGACGAACCCGGAAUGCAUGGGCACGACAACAGGAACAACAAUCCCCGCGGAAAAAAUGCUCGUUCGUCGAUCUCGAACACAAUUGGCCCACGACUUUUGGAGCUAAGAUGCUUGGAAUUAGCGACUCAUCAAGAGGAGGACGACAACGACGAGAACAAAAAUAUCCGCAAAGAUUCCAAGGAGACUCUCGAUUCCAGAUCCAGUUUUUUUACAACUCGAACCGUCGCAGUAUCUCGCGGUAAGCCCAAUCUCGGGACUACAUCGGUUGGAUCAACAUGCAUGGAUUUGCCUUCACUGGGAGUUGUAAAGAACUACGAUAGCAAUGGUGCUACAUUUAUGGCUGUCACGGGACUCAGCACCGGUGCGCUUUGCCUGCACAAAUUUCACGAAAUCGAACCCGCUGCUCUUCUCGACGGUUCCAACAACCUCAACCCCGACGCGAUGGAUAUCAAACCAAGCGUCGGCAGCAACAGCGAAGAAGACAUGGUUUACGCGUCCUCGAUUGAUUACUUUCACCCCCGACACCAUCGAAAGGCCACGUCCGUGGCGUGGCGACCCACAAUACACACCAACCAUGUCGCCAUCGGAACCGCGGGUUCGAGCGCCAUUGCGCAGAACAAACCCAUCCCCGGUCAGCUCCAUCGGCCGACCGGGCCCAUCAGCAUGCGUUCCCGAGCCAGCGACCGAGAGUAUUGUUGCUUUAUAUGGGACAUUCUUGAUAGCAAGAAGACCAUGCCGCUUUCGAAGUUCGCCCACAACAGCCCGGUUGCAUCCCUUGCAUGGAUGAUGGACGGGCAAACGCUAGCCGUUGGGGGGCAGCAACGGACCAUUCAGUUGUACGAUUUGCGCCUAUCGACAACUAACAACAGCAAGCUGCCCCCUUUGUCUGCAUACGCGCACGAAUCGGGGGUUCACGGCAUCGAAGUUCAUCCCCAGCGUCCACAUUUGAUGGCGACGUUUUGUCGAUCGGUUGGGGAACCCGUCAAGCUAUUUGACAUUCGUCGAAUGGAUUCGGCGGUUGGCGAAAUCAAGCUUACGAGCAGUGGUGGUCAAAACACUAGUAGCAGCACUGCGUCUAUGCCAACGUCUAUAUCUUCCCAACGGAUGCAACAAGCCAAGGCAGAGGCUAUUCAAUGGAAUGUGCUUGAACCCGGUAUGCUCUCCAUCGCAACAGGCGAAUCGGUACAAGAGUACGAUACAAAUUCGGGUUCCCGCCCUAGUUUGGUACGAGUGAACCGCGUCAGAAAAGGAGGGAAAACAAUCAAAGCCAUCGCUUUGUAUCGCGGCAAGGAAGAAACAGCUUCCGACGGCCAUGUUGCUUCCGUAGACAGUACCGUCGGUAGAAAAACGAAUGUAGGGGACUCCGAUAGAUUAUUGUCCAGGCUUUACCCUCGACGCAUGGUAGCCGUUUUGGAAGAUCAAACCAUCGAGGAUAUGGCAAGAGAUGCAAAUGCUCCCCUUGCUAUUUCUCCUCGGGAUGGUCGCCUCUUUCAUGCUUUGGGCCCGCAUUUGUUUAUGAGAUCUCCGAGCGAAGGGCCAUCUGCUAUGGAAAGAAUAAUCGAAAGAGCCGAAAUGAAGAAAGUUUACGAAGAGGAAGACAUUUCUGCAACCAUGAUGAGACGUGCUAGGUGUGUUCAAGCAAAUCCAUAUUCAAUGAAUCCAGAAAGAAAUAUUAAGCUGAUGUCACGUGAAACACUUAAUGAAGAAGCUGUUGACCAUGAAGAAGCGUCCGAGCCAUCAGGGCCAGCGUUACCAAAGUACAGAAAUCGCGCAUUGCUCAGAUUAUGGGGUUGGAUUGAGCGAGUGGAGUCACUUUCAUUUCAGGAAGUAGACGAUGCGGAAUCGGAGUUGCGACUUACAAAGGAAAUAUCCAAUGCAGGAGUCUUACAGCUUUUAACUUCUCAAGAAAGCAAUGCGAAUGAAAGGGUGGGAGACGAACAAACGGUGUUUUCAGAACUCUUGUCGUGUAACAUUUAUGACAGUGCUGCGAGACGCGCAGCUUUAUCGUCGUGUGGCUGGGCUGGAAAGUUUGAUCUAAACAUUGUCAUGGCAGAAUGUGAGGCACUGGGUGAAUACGAAAGAUCUGCCGCUCUGGCUGUAUGGCACGAAGAUGUAGGGGCUGCUGUCGAUGCAUUACAGCGUGCGACCGAAGCAGUGCAUCAACAGGCACAGGGUGGCGAGACUUCUUUUUCGUUUCCAGUCAGUACCCAAUACGCGGAGACCCUGGGCUUGAUAUCCAUGUGCAUUGCGGGAUUCGGGGGGAAAACAGAAUCUCAGCGAAGUGUCUGGAGGAGAGCAUGCGCGAAUUUGCUACAAAGGGAUGACCUAUCGUCGACUAGAUCCAAGCAUAGUACAAGGGUAGCGUAUCUUCGGGCUCUUUGCGAAUUUUUACUGAACGCAGGAACAAUUGAAAGUCUACUUCGAGUACUGGAAAAUACCCAUUUAAGUUUGUGCGAUCGCGUAGCAUUUGCUUGCCGCUUUCUAGAGAAGAGAGAGUUGACGGCGUAUUUGCUUAGAUGUGUCGAAAUUUGCCAAGAACUAGGUGAUGUGGAAGGAUUGUCUAUCACAGGGCUUUCGAAACCUGGGAUCAAGAUUUUGCAGUCCUUUGUCGACCGAUACACUGAUGUCCAGACAGCAGCUCUAGUUGUCAGCCGUGUGAUACUACCAAUGGACUGGGCAACUGAACGAAAGAUUUGUUUUGAAUGGGUCGAAUCAUAUAGGAAUUUGCUGAAUUUGUGGCAGAUGUGGCAGAGUCGAGCCAUGUUCGAUGUUGAUAGAGCCGAUGUUUUGCGUCGCUUUAAGGCUCGCAAUGGAGGAGCAAGCUAUCAGAGACGCAUGCCGAACCCACGAGUACGACAAAGUCCAAGACCUCCAGAUCCUGAUAUACUGCCACGCAUUCCUGCACAACUGGAAGCCAGAUGCAAUUACUGUUCGUCACCACUUUCCCUCAAGAGGCAAGAAGGUACCACAAAUCAAUGGCUAUCGAAGAUGCAACCUUUGCUCAAUUGUUGUCCCCAGUGCCGAAAGCCCCUCCCGCGAUGUUCGAUUUGCUUGCUUUCAAUGGGAAGUCUCAACCCUUAUAUGGAAUUAACCAGAGCACGCCAAGGGCCUCGUGGUGCAGGGAAAAGUCUACCGUCAUCAGAUGAUUUGUCUUCUCUCUCGUCCAUGAAUUUUUCAGAAUGGUACACAUGGUGCAUGAAGUGAGUAUUGAUACUUAUUUUCCUGGAGGAGCGUGAGCUGAAAAAUUAGGAAUUUUCCCUCAUAAUGGUACACUAAUGCUUUCGCCCCUUCUUCACUAAAACAGGUGUCGUCACGGAGGACACGCCCAUCAUAUCAUCGGUUGGUUUUCAGGUCAAAAACAAUGCCCCGUUAGUGGUUGUGAUUGCGAAUGUGAAUUCGAUGGCGCAAUCAAAAUUUCCCGCCCAGCCAUAUGCAUGGUUGCUGACACCUGAAAGAUUCAAAUACGAUGAGUUCCUCUAUUCCAAUAUUGAUUUUAUCAGCAUAGGUGGCAUAUGAAUGCAAUUGCUUCGUGUUCUUAAUACGAGAAGCAUCGCAAACGCUACAAAGAACAUAUUGUAUGAUUUAGUGAUAAAAAAUUGGGCUUCGAAUUACUCUUCUUUUCACUACAAAAUUACACUAAAUGUAUGAAAUCUUA